UCCCUCUGUUGCUCGCGAGCUUUAGCCUUUGGUUUUUACGGGUAACCUCUUUCGCUUCUCAAACUAUUUGUAUCUCAGAGAGAGAGAGAAACAGAGAUAAAGCGAGAGAGAUAGAGAGAGAUAAGAGAGAUCCAAACCAGAAGCAAUCGUCUCCGUUUGCUUUUCUUUGUUGUUUAUUUCUCUUUUUUCGUGUGAAGAUUCGUAUCUCUUUUCUCCGGCAAACUCACGGCGGCGGGUUACGUCGCCGAUCCACUCUUCUUUAAUCGCUUCUAUGUACGUUUUAUCUUCUUCGGACGGAACAUAGAAGUUCGCUUUUGUCGUAGAAUGUGAUCCGGUCUCUGUAAGGUUUAUAGUGAAAAGCGUGUAUCUUUGUUUAAUUGUGUAAUUCAUAUUCCGGUGAAAAGAAAUGAAGAGGGUUAGAGAAGAGGUUUACGCUGAAGCUCAGAUACGAGGACCUACCGUUUCGUCUCGAGGAGAAACAAAUGGUAAGCCAUUAACGAUUGGUGGAGGAGGAGGGAAUAUGGGAGGGCUAACAACAAAUGAUGCCUUGAGCUAUCUCAAAGCUGUGAAGGAUAUGUUUCAAGACAAGAAAGAGAAGUAUGACACUUUCCUUGAAGUCAUGAAAGACUUUAAAGCUCAGAGGGUUGACACAAAUGGUGUCAUAGCAAGAGUGAAAGAGUUGUUCAAGGGCUAUGAUGACUUGCUUUUGGGUUUUAAUACCUUCUUGCCCAAAGGGUAUAAAAUAACCCUCCCGGAGAAGAGGCCAGUGGACUUCGGAGAAGCUAUCGAAUUUGUGAACAAGAUCAAGGCGCGAUUUGGGAAUGAUGACCGUGCGUAUAAAAGAUUUCUAGACAUCUUGAACAUGUAUAGAAAGGAAAGCAAGUCCAUCGCCGAUGUCUAUCAAGAGGUUGCUCUGUUGUUCCAUGACCAUAAAGAUCUACUUGUGGAGUUUGUUCAUUUCUUACCUGAUACUUCGGGAUCAGGUUCUGUGUACCCUUUUUCCGGAAGAAAUGCAGUACCCCGUGAUAAUAAUUCUGCAGUUCCUGCCAUGCAUCCAAAGCAUUUUGAUAAGAAAAUAAAACUAAGGAGUAAUGAUUACGCUGAACACUCCGAUCAACGAGAAGAUGGUGACGAGAAUCUUGUGGCGUGUUCUGCUGGUAAUUCUCUGGGAAAAUCCCUUAUUAAUCAAGGUCAAUGGCCGGGAUACCCGAAGGUCGAGGACAACGAGGGGAUGCAAGAUUAUGAAAAUAAUGGGGGUCAUGAAAGAUAUCCAGAAAAUGAUAGAACGGUCGCUUUUUGCAUUGGAAGUCAAAAAAAUGUACUAUCUUCCAGCAACUAUCUGGCCAAGGCUAUAAAUGAAUUGGACCUUACUGAGUGUGCACAAUGUACACCAAGUUAUCGUCUCUUGCCCGAGGAUUAUCCCAUUCAGAUUCCAAGCUACAGAAAUUCACUUGGUGAAAAAGUACUCAAUGAUCAUUGGGUAUCUGUCACAUCGGGGAGUGAGGAUUACUCAUUCAAACACAUGCGCAAAAACCAGUAUGAAGAAAGUUUGUUUCGAUGUGAGGAUGACAGGUUUGAGUUGGACAUGUUAUUAGAGUCUGUGAAUGCAGCCAUUAAGCGUGUGGAAAGUCUUCUGGAAAAGAUCAACAACAACACAAUCUCUAUAGAGACACCAAUUUGUAUCAAAGAACACUUAUCUGAGCUGAACCUAAGAUGCAUUGAACGGUUGUACGGGGAUUAUGGGCUUGACGUAAUGGAUUUUUUGAAGAAGAAUUCUCACAUCGCCUUACCGGUGAUACUAACCCGCUUGAAGCAGAAACAAGAAGAAUGGGCUAGGUGUCGCUCUGAUUUCAGGAAAGUAUGGGCUGAAGUAUAUGCUAAGAACCAUCACAAAUCACUAGAUCAUCGUAGUUUCUAUUUCAAGCAGCAAGACUCCAAGAAUUUGAGCACAAAAGGUUUAGUGGCUGAAAUAAAAGAUAUCAGUGAUAGAAAGCAUAAAGAAGACCCGCUUUAUGCCAUUGCUGUUGGAACUAAGCCCUCAUUCACCCCAGAUGUGGAGUUCAUUUAUUCUGAUACACAAGUUCAUGCUGACCUGUAUCAACUAAUCAAGUAUUACUGCGAAGAAAUAUGUGCUACUGAACAGUCGGAUAAAGUUAUGAAGCUGUGGGUAACGUUCUUGGAGCCCAUGUUUGGCGUUCCUUCUAGGUCUCAAACUGAUGAGACAAUGGAAGAUGCUGCACAGGUAAAGGAUGAGACAAUGGGAGAUGCUGCAAAGGUAAAGGACAACCCAGAGGAGCAUGAUGCAUGUGUGGCAGUGAAGGAAAAUACUUGUGAGGGUUCUCUUGCCUCUGGCCUUAAAGAUCCAGUACCUCCAAAAACGCCGAACAAAGAAAACCCGGUCAACACAACACAAGAAACCAUUCAGCAAGAUAAAUUAGAUGUUGAUGCAGCUAUGACUAAUGAGGAUAGCCAGCCUUCCAAAGUGGUGUCACCCAGAAACGAGUUAGUAAAGGAAGGUUUAGAGAAUUGUAGUAAGGUUAGUGACGUAUCAAAGGGAGAGCCUAAGGUUGAGCGAGAAGAGGGUGAAUUAUCUCCUACCGAAAGUUUUGAGCAAGACAAUUUUGAGGUUUAUAGAGAGAAUGGCCUCGAGUCUGUGCAGAAACUGCCGGACAAUGUUAGAAGUAACAAAGACCUAGAACACAAAGAGGAGGGAUGCUGUACUGAAGCUGGAGAGAGGAGCAAAUCUCCUCCUGAAGAUGAUGGAAAUAAAAUUACUCAAAACUUAUCAGAAGUGAAUGAAAAUGACUCUAAAAUUAUUGCCUCAGGAAGCAAGUUUGGUGGCCAUGUUUCUUCCGAGGAAGAGCGUAAAGGAGCUAUGAACUGUGACCGGAUUGAUAAUGUUGCUGAGAGUGAAAACGAGGCUCUAGGGAUGGUUAAUUCCAACGAGGGUGAAGAUGGAUCCUUUUUCACAUUUUCAGAACGGUAUCUGCUGCCUGUAAAGCCCCUUGCAAAACAUGUGCCUGGGCCACUGCAAGAAAGUGACUCCCGGAAUGAUUCUCGAGUUUUCUAUGGGAACGAUUCAUUUUAUGUGCUUUUCAGGCUUCAUCAAAUGUUGUACGAGAGAAUACUAUCUGCAAAGAUACAUUCAGAGAGGAAAUGGAAAGCUCCAGAUCCAGAUAACACAUCUCCUGAUUCUUACACCAGGUUCAUGGAUGCCCUCUAUAAUUUACUUGACGGCUCGAGCGAUAAUACAAAGUUUGAAGAUGAAUGCCGAGCUAUAAUUGGAGCACAAUCAUAUGUUCUCUUCACAUUGGACAAGCUAGUUCAGAAGUUUGUUAAGCAUCUUCAUGCAGUUGCAGCUGAUGAGACAGACACCAAGCUGCUGCAACUAUAUGAUUAUGAGAACUACAGAAAACCGGGGAGAUUCUUUGAUGUAGUGUACCAUGAGAAUGCCCGAGCCCUUCUCCAUGAUCAGAACAUAUACCGGAUUGAAUAUACAUCUGCUCAAACCCGCCUCUCGAUUCAACUUAUGAACAGCGGGAACGAUCAGCCCGAAGUUACAGCUGUAACAGUGGAACCAGGUUUUGCAAAUUAUCUGCAGACUGACUUUCUCUCGAUUGUACCUGAUGAAGAAAAGCCUGGACUGUUUCUGAAGAGGAACAAGGCGAAACUAAACGCUCCAGAGGAAUCUUCAGGGAUAUCACGUGCAAUGGUUGGACUGAAAAUUAUCAACGAGGUCGAAUGUAAAAUGGCUUGCAGUUCUUCCAAGGUCAAGUAUGAGCCAAACACAGCAGAUCUUCUGUAUAGAAGUAAGCAGAAGAAACCAAAACCGAAUCCAACUGAGCUUGACAGUGCAAAAACUUCCGGUAGCAGUGAAAUCUCGAAAAACAGAAGCAUAUCGCGUUUUCACUUAUGUCUUAGCCGCAGACUUAUUGCCUUGCCUUAAUGACGGCUUCAAGCACAUGUGAAGUUUUGGGCUAGGAUAUGCAAAGUAUCAGUUAGUGAGUGGUAGAGACUAGAGACCAAACUGUCUUUGACAAGAUUCUUGCAUCAUUUGGCUUAAAGAGAUUCACAUGACAAACCAUGAUUUUUAAUUUCCUAAAUUUCGUUGUCGAGUCGCCAGUUUUGGUGUAUAGUGUUAGAUUAUAUAUGUAAUGACGAUGCUAAAAUCGGAGAUUUUCAAUUCAUUCAUUCAAACAAAUGCUGAAUAUUAUUCCUUCUAAUGUUAUGUGUCCUUUUUCAAUUCAA